AUGUCUAUUCGAGGAAUUUUCGCCUCCAAAUCCUGGUUCGGCUUUGAUCUAGAUGACACCCUCCACGAAUUCCGACGAGCCUCGGCCGCCGCUUCAACCCAUGUCUUUGACACGAUUCACACCUCAAGCAACAAGACGAGCGUAGAUCCACUCAGAAGUACAUAUCAAGAUAUACUGCGCAGUGCAACCGCAAAUGCCUUCACGGAUGGCAGGACCUCAAGCGAGUACCGGCGCGAACGGUUCGGGCAUCUCCUCCAGGCGCACGGGCUCAUUGAUGACUCUCUGCUGGAUCGUCUGUUAGAGGUAUAUCAAGACUCUCUACGCGAGAACUUGACUCUGAAGGCGGGUGCAUUGCACCUUUUGCAGACUUUGCGAAGGCUGGGAAAGAAGGUGAUUGUUAUUACCGAAGGCCCGGCGGAUGCGCAGGAGUGGACGGUCCAGGAACUCGGGAUACGGUCUUACAUUGAUAUCCUUGUGACGACGAACGAGGUCGGCAAGUCGAAGGUCGAUGGGCUGUUUGGUGUUGUGCUGGAGAGAUACGGUAUCGCGGCUGAAGAUAUUGUAUACUUUGGUGAUAACAGGAUUCGCGAUGUUGAGGCUGCACGGGAGGAAGGAAUACUGGCUGUUCUAUAUGACGAGAAACAGCUGUCUCACUUGCAUGAUACCAUUGCAUUACGAGUGAAUUCGUGGGUUGAUGUAGAAAAGGUACUCGUCCAUGGAGAGUAA